AUGCAGAUUCACACAUGCAAAGGCAUCUUGUUGUCCAAGGCAAGGUUGAUUGAAAGCUAUGGCGUACCUUACAACAGCAGCGCCAGUGUUUGGAACUACACCAUUGAUGAUUCCAGUUCCUAUUUGACCUACACGCCUCACGGGGAUGGAGGUAUUGGGGACUGGACCCACACCGGUUGGCAGCCAUGGUACUCAGAGUCUGGCGGAUGGAACACUGCCGGUGGAAACUAUGCUACAGGGACCUCCUUGCACAUAACAUCCUUCCCCGGUGCCAGCGUAGAGCUCCAGUUCUAUGGGACAUCAAUUUACGUGUUCGGGACUUCGAACAGCUCCUACAAUGUCGCGCUUGACAGCAGUAUCUCUUCUAACCUGACGCCCUUGUCGGGCGACCUCUUGUUCAUGCAGGAGGGUUUGAGCCGAGGAACACAUUUUCUCAACCUGACCGCACGCCCAGAGUCAAAUAGCUCCCAGCAGUUAGCGCUCGACUCUCUGAUUAUUUCUCAGAAAAUGGCCAAAGAUGAAAGUGUGCCUAUACCCGUCAUUUACGACAAUAUGAACGCCUCGUUGCUGUACCGGGGCAAUUGGUCCGUUCCCCCACUCAACAAUCAGAUACCUAACACCACCGACCCCAAACCUUAUCACGAGACUGCUUUCAUGGGCGCUUCUGUAUCUCUUAACUUCACUGGUAUUGCUAUAGCUAUCAAUGGAACGCGGAACUGGGGAAACGGCAUCUACAAUGUGACAUUAGACGGAAUCAGUACGCAGUACAACGGCAGCACAAUGUGGCUCGUCAGCGAUGCUUUACUGUUCUACCAAUCUGGUUUGAAUGCUGAUCAGACUCAUACCUUGGAGUUGAUCAGCACGGCACCAAAUAGUUAUAAUCUGUGGCUCAACAGUAUCACCGCGUUUGCCCCAAACAUUACAACACCGAAUCCGAGAGCUACUGGUUCAGCCAAGAAAACCAACGUCGGCGUUAUAGUUGGUCCUAUCAUCGGUGCCAUCGCCGCACUCCUUCUACUUGGAGCUGCAUUCUGGUGGUGGCGGCGGUCACGCCGUGUUCGUGCCUAUGGAUCUGAAGGCAAGAACUUAACACCUUUCAUUCAGCCAACGACUGUUCAAUUCAUCGAUCCCUCCGCUCCCUAUGACGCACCCCACGAUGCUGCGAGCUCGCAUGCAGCAUCGAGCAUCAUCGCCCUCUCGAGCAUGAUGUACGAGAAGGAUCGCUCCGUGCGAACCCUGGUGUCGCCGACAGGCGCCACGCAGGCUUCAUCCAUUUCUCACAUCCCAUCCAGCAUUCCUCCGGAGAGUCAGGUUCGACCACUAACUGUGCCAUCAGCCCAACCACCAGCACCUGCUCAGCAACCUGUCGACGUCGAUCACAUAAUCGAACUCAUUGCCGGGAGGAUUGAUCGCUCGCAAGCAUUCGAUCCAUCUUCUCCCCCGCCGCAGUAUCAACUUGGGCAUAUGUAG